AUAGUGUCGUCUGCUCCUGUGAUGGUAGUUCACCAAAUGGUGUUUCAGUAAAAAGACUUACAAAAUUUUUCUACAUAAAUCAUGUAUAACAGAAUAUUUACAGUCGUAAAACCUUCCAUGGUUGAUGCAAUUGUUCACAAACAUAGUUCUCUGAUGUGCCCAAAAAUAUUAGCAAUUGUACAGAUGAGGACGUACAAAGAAAUCAAUAUAGAAUGGAUUCCACCACCAAAGGUUUCUUGCCUAGACCCUUCAAAAAGUGGAGACAGAGGAGAAAUGCCCAAAUUGGAUUUAAGACGUCCUCAAUUUAAAUUUUCACGAAACAAGCCGGAAGCUCAGUUCACAGACCGUAAAGAUAUCUCUUCUGAUGUUAAAAAAGUAACUUCCCUUGAAUUUGCUCCACUGAGCAAGCAAGUUCAGGUCAUUAAGCAUGACGUGCUUGGAAACAUUCAGAGGCAUACGUUUGAUUGUGCAUCUCUAGAAUCUGCAAUUGCUUGCCUUACAAUCAAAAUCCGAAAUCAACAGCGCCAUACGAAAACUUGCAAGAGAGACGUCAUGUCUCGGGUCAUCUGCAAAGAGAAUAUCGAAUGUCGAAAUUCCCUCCUAAAACACCUUAGGAAAGCUGAUUACAAACGAUUUGAAUGGCUGCUGGAAAAACUUGACCUCGUCUAUCAUCCACAUCCCGAGACCAUCGUUCCGGUCACCAGGAAAGGUUCCAUCAUGAAAUUAACGACAAUGUACUGUGAGCGAAUGCGCAAUGAGCGUCUCGAAGCGUACAAGGAGGAACUCGAGAAAGAAAAAGUUAAGUUUGCGAAGGAAAAAGCAGAACUAGAAAAAUGGAUCGAAGAAGAAGAAAAACAACUAGGCUUGAGAAAUUGAAUAUUGAUCCCAAGUAUUUUGGUCGACAUAACAACUAUAUUAAUCGUGGCUGUACAAGUGCACAAGAUAUUAGUGAGACGGAAUCAGCAUGUAACACAAUAUGUACAUUUUUUUUUCUUUCUUCAUGGAAUGAUUUCUAAUCUUCCACAAAAGGAACACCAGUAACAUUUA